CUCACGUAGAAAUAUUACUAUCGAUUCAAUUCAUUCCCCAUAAAAAGCGGAAAUAGAAUCGCCAGACACUCAAGUCAGCAUUAAUCAGCGAGACUUGUCAGUAAGCUUAUUUGUCAGCUACUUUCUUCCCUUCCAUCAUUCUCCAUAUAUACCACCUACCAUAUAACCCCGGACAAGAAUCCCAGUACUAUUAUUCUACUUUUAUUCCUAUCCAAUCCAAUCCAAUCCAAUCCAACCCUAAAAAUAACCCCUCACUAAUUGCAACCAAAAAUCAUAAUCAUAACCAUGGAUCUCACCUCCACCUCCACCUCAUCCCCCACCACCACCGCCCCCGAACCCAUCACCGGCAGCUGCCUCUGCGGCGGCAUCCAAUACGAAGUAACCGGCGAACCCAUGAAACGAGUAAUGUGCCACUGCGAAAACUGCCGGAAGUUCACAGGCUCCAGCUUCAUGGCCAACAGCUUUAUGAAAGAAUCUCAACUAACCAUCAAAUCCGGCGAAUCACUCAUCCAAAGCUUCAAAGACACGAAAGUGGACUCGGGAAAUACUUUGGAACGACGCUUCUGUCGCGUUUGUGGAUCACCCGUGUAUGUGACGAGUAGUCGGGCCGAGGGGUUCGUGGUUGUGCCGUCCGGUACGAUGGAUGGGGAGGCGGGCAGGAAGUGGAGGCCUGAGGUGGAGUUUUGGUGUAAGGAGAGGAGGGAGUAUUUGCCGGUGGUGGAGGGGACGCAGGCGUUGGAGAUGGAUUAGUGGUUGUCUCUCUUGAGGGAUGUGAGUAGCGGGGGGGAUGGGGGUUGGAGGCCGUUGUGAGGGAGAGAUGAUAUCCUUUGGUCUUUUUUAUUGGGAGGGUGGAGUGUAUAUAGAUGGUUUGUAUACUCGAGAUUGAUGUUGGCAUAUCUUGGAAAUACGGCUUCAGAAAUAUCAACAGAAGAGAGACAACCAUGUCACUGUCAGGUAGAAGACGGGGAACGGAUUAAGCUUGACUGCUGUGAGAAUGAUGACUAGUAAACGUGAUCAGAGUGAUGUUUUCUCUUUCAUACUUGGGCAUUAAUGCAUCACUCCACGAACUAUGCUGAAGGGUAAAGGGAG